UCUAUGGUAUAAUCAUAAUCUAUGAUUGACAAUUGUCAUGUCAAGAAAAAUUAUGAAUUAAGAGAAUUGUACAGAACUGAUAUUAUUUAUAUAAUAAAUUAUAAUAAUACUGAAUUCUAAUUGCUAAUGAAUGACCUCGAGUUGUUAUUGUUUAAAAUGAGAUAAAUAUAACAAAUACCUACUGUGAAGCUCAAUUAAAAUCAUCUGAAGUUUAGCAGUAAUUUCGUCAAUUAGUUUGCGGUCUUUUUAAAUAAUUGUGAUAAAAUGGCACACGUAGUUGAUUUACGUUCAGACACAGUUACAAAACCAACUAAAGCUAUGAAACAUGCAAUGGUGAACUCUGCUUUGGGCGAUGAUGUUUACGGUGAAGAUCCGACAGUAAACGCCUUGGAGAAUAAAAUAGCUGCACUGCUGGGCAAGCAGGCCGCUUUGUUCGUACCGUCUGGAACUAUGUCUAAUCUUAUUGCCAUUAUGGUGCACUGUAACAAGCGUGGAUCUGAAGCAUUCGUCGGGGAUCUCUCACACAUUUAUAAAUAUGAAGUUGGAGGAGCAUCACAUUUAGCAGGAGUGAUGCUUUCGACCGUGGCCAAUAAACCCGACGGCACUUUCGACCUGCAAGAGCUGGAGGAUCGAAUUAGGGGUUCGAAUAUACAUGAACCAGUAACGGCUAUGGUUGCCGUCGAAAAUACCCAUAAUUACUGCGGAGGAAAGGUCCUGCCUUUGAAAUUUCUUGACGACGUCGGCGCCUUGUGCAAGAAACACUCUCUGGCGCUGCACAUGGACGGCGCGAGGCUGUUCAACGCGUGUGCGCAUGCGCAGGAGGAGGCGGCGCGCGUGGUGCGGGACUGCGACUCCGUGUCCGUCUGCUUCAGCAAGGGACUGUCGGCCCCCGUCGGCUCGGCGCUCGUGGGGUCCUACCAUUUCAUCGAACAGGCCCGGCGCGCGCGCAAGAUGCUGGGCGGCGGCAUGCGGCAGGCCGGCGUGCUGGCGGCCGCGGCGCUGGUCGCGCUGCAUGAGGUGGUGCCGCUGCUCGCCCUGGACCACAAGCGCGCCCAGGUGCUGGCCAAGGUUAUCGAGGGUCUGUUCCUGAAGGCGUUCACCGUGGACGCGCACAACACGCACACGAAUAUCGUGCUCGUGCGCAUCAGUGAGCACGCGCCGCUGACGGCCGACCAGCUCGUGCAGAGGCUGGCACAGGUCUGCCUCGCUGAAACCCAGGGAGACUGCAAGACGCCGAACGAUGAAGGUGUGAUCGUAAAAGCUACUGAGUUUAACUCGAAGACUAUUCGAUUCACUCUGCACCGCGAAAUAACAGACGAAGACCUCUGGCUGGCCAUCAUGAAGAUAACUUACGUUUUCAAAGAACUCAGUUCUAGUUUAGAGAACAAAUAAAAAGGGUUGAUGUUAAAAUUUAAAAAACACAAACGGAACAUCAGUGUUGCCAUCGCUUACACUAAAAAAAUUGCAUUCGAAAUAUUAAUUUGGUUUAACAUAAAAUUUUCCUUCUUAAAACGUCUCUCUCUUGAAGUCACGUCGUGCCUUCGUAUGUUCUCGGUCAAAAUGUUUUUUUUUUAUAAAUUACGUUGGCCGUUAAAAGUACUGAGUAAUAAGCAUUAAAUAUUUUUACUUUAUUUAAUAAAAUAAAAAUUAUAAGGCAUCUACCUACCUACCAUAUACAUGUGUAUAGUAUUAAAUACGCAAGGCCAACUAAACAUUGUAGAUUAUAGUAUGUAAUUACAAUUUACAAUUAAGCAGGGUAUUUUAAAAUGACAUUUUAAUUGUUAAGUUUAUAGUGUUUAUAUGUUCUAUGUGUUGGUAAAAUUUUCAAUUAUAAUUAUUAUACGUAAGUCGACAAACAUUGUUAAGCAUAUUUAUAAAUGUCGUGUUGUUAAUCGUUAUGUAAUUGUUAUUUUAACAAUAAAAUGCAUUUUUGAGGGAUUAAACAA